AUGAAGUCUUUCGCAUACUUUUGCUGGCACAAGAACAGGCCUUCCUUCGUGCGAUCCACCUCAAGGCCGAGAAAAUGCUUAAGUUCUCCAAGCGGAAGCGGACUGCUAAAUUUUGUUUUGUUUGACGGAUUUCUUCUACGUAGUCUCCUGGAGCCACUAAAUAUCCACUUUGUACUAGAAACUCUGCUAUCUUGCCAUACCACGCUCUUGGUGCUUGCUUUAACCCAUAAAGAGCUUUUCUUAACUUACAGACGUAGUCAGGGUGAGCUUUACUCUCAAACCCUCGUGGCUGCUCCAUGUAUAUUUCUCGAUGCAAUUCUCCACGCAAGAAGGCGUUCUUCACAUCUAUCUGCCAAAGCUUCCAAGACUUGCUAG